GCUUUAUUCACUUCUGGCUGUCGACUGUUGUUCUAUAUCUUUUGUUCUUGAACAAAUUAUAUUGAUGUAGCUCGAUCACCUAUUAUUUCAGGCUUAAGGUUAUGUUCUUAAUUUUGUGACAAAUUUAUGGAUAGAGGUUCUUGGAACAAAAAAAUAUUUCUAGGGUUCUUUAGGAGUACGUCGGAGUAUUUCGGGAUCUUUACGUUGUAGAAUUCAAGGUGUACUAGUAAAUUCUCUCAAGAGGUCGACGUUCCAAUCCAAGACCGCGACUUUGUAUAGUCUAAAUGAAAUGAUGCUGCUAGUCUAGUGGUUUUAUUGUCAUCAUGGUUUUAUUCUAGCUUGACGUUUUUCAUCCAGUUAAUAUGUUGUAUACCUACAUCAACCGUCGUUUACUGAACAGAUACACAUUCUGAACUACAGUGAAACACCAAGUGCAGAGUGUGGUUUUUAUUUCAAUAGGAUGACAGAUAUGAACGGACAAAUUACAAAAGGCUUCAAAGCGCAACCUGUUUCGUUCGAAAAAAUUCCUACAGCGUUCGAAUUAUUUUCGAACGGGUUCGGAAUAUUUUCGAAUAGUUCGAAGCUGGAAGUCUCAAACUAUUCCCCAUAUUCGAAAAAAAAGCGACUUCUUUGCAAAAAAAGCCGUAUAUUUUCGAAUAUGGCGACUUUUUCCAAAUUCUUGGCAAACAUUUUCGAACUAUUCUAAAAUAUUCGCCAACUCGUUCGAAAAUAUUGCCCAACUCGUUCGAAAAUAUUCCCGAACGCUGUAGGAAUUUUUUCGAACGAAACAGGCUGCGCUUUGAAGCUUUUUGUAAUUUGUCCGUUCAUAAUGACAGAAACAGAAUCUCUUGUUGGACCGCAACGGUGGCAGCGUCCGAACGGCAGACCAUUCUGACCAGUAAUAAAGUAGAGGUAAAUUUUUCUAUUUUGUAAAUUUGAAUCCUUGUUGAAGAUGUUUGCUUAAUUAGGGGCGAGUUUGCUUACACACGAUGAACACGAUAGAUGUGAAUCGAUAGGGUUGACAUCUGUAAUCGAUAGAUAAGCAUAUGGGCGGGCAGAUGAGUCCUUGAUUUCGAAGAAAUAGAAAUUUUCGAUUCAGAAGGAAGCAUGUUGAUGGCGAUAUAGAUUUACUGGAGUGCCAGAAUUGUAGUUUUUUUGAUUGUCAGAUCGUGAACGAAUAACUUCUUCCUCUUCGACGACGUCCAAGAGAAGAACAGCCGACGACAAGCGAAAGGCGCAUCUUGUCAAUCAGCCGCCGCCUACUAGGACUAUUGCCCCUGGAGUUUUUUGAUGCAGUUUAAUUUUGAACGCACAGAAUCCUGCGCGUUUUACUUUUUACUCUAGAAAUUCAUGACUGAAUCAAUGCCGGGGGUACGGGUGUUAUGCAGGAAUGAUUUAUUCAAUCACAUUGCGCAUACUAAUUCUAAUGGCUCUUGCAGAAUUUAAUUAAUUCCUGAGACGACUGAGUGGCUAAAUCAAUCCGAGUAUCGUUCAACUAGUGGUUUUCUUACUUGUGCAGCGGCGUGGUUCACAGGAAUGUGAUGAUCUUUUAGGAAUCGUCAUUUUCAUUACAAGAGCUACAUCGAAAUCGGAU